GCCACGCUUCCCCGAACGGCGCCCCAUCCCGGCCCCGGCCCGCCUCGCCGCCAUGGCGUGCUUCGAGGAAGACGGCAGCUGGAACUUGUCCUUCUCGGGCUGCGGCUUCCUAGGCCUCUACCACAUGGGCGUGACCCAGUGCCUGAGAGAGCGCGCCCCGCGCCUCCUCCAGGGCGCCCGCCGCAUCUAUGGCUCCUCGUCCGGGGCGCUCAACGCCAUGUCCAUCAUCGUGGGCAAGUCGGUCGACUUCUGCUGCUCCCGCAUCCUGGACAUGGUCAAGCAGGUGGAUCAGCUGAGUCUGGGCGUCUUCCACCCUGCCUUCGCGCCCAUCGAGUACAUCAAGCAGCAGCUGCAGGCCGAUCUCCCAGCUGACAUUCACAUCCUGGCCUCCCAGCAGCUGGGCAUCUCGCUGACCCGCUGGCCUGAUGGCCACAACAUCAUAGUCACUGACUUUGCCAGCCGCGAUGAAGUCAUCCAGGCCUUGAUCGGCUCUUUGUACCUUCCUUUCUACUGUGGGGUGAUUCCUCCCGAAUUCAGAGGGGAGCGCUACAUUGACGGGGGUCUGAGCAACAACUUGCCCUUCGCGGACUGCGCCUCCACCAUCACCGUGUCGCCCUUCUACGGGACAGCGGACAUCUGCCCCCAGAGCACCUCGGCCAACAUACAUGAGCUGAACACCUUCAAUGCCAGCUUCCAGAUCUGCACCAGGAACUUAUUCCUGGGGUUCGCCUCCCUCGUCUCUCCCGAUCUUGAGGUGGUGGCCGACAAUUGCAGACAAGGGUACCUGGACGCCCUGAGGUUCCUGGAGAGACGCGGACUCACCAAGGAGCCGGUGCUGUGGACGUUGGUGUCUAAGGAGCCCCCGGUCCCAGCUGAUGGGACCCGGGACACUGGCCAUGACGGAGGCCAGCAGACGGGCCUGUGUCUCAACUGGGCGGUGCCCAACGUGCUGGUCAAGGACGUGCCGGAUUUUGAGCAGCUCUCGCCAGAGCUGGAGGCUGCGCUGAAGAAACAGCGUGCGCGGGACCCCCGCGCCUGGGCCCGCUUCUGCCGCUCGGGGCCCGGGCGGGCGCUGACCUACCUGCUGCUGCCCGCCACGCUGCCCUUCGAGUACGUCUACUUCCGGAGCCGAAGGUUGGCAGUCUGGCUGCCCGAUGCGCCGGCUGACUUGCGUUGGAUGCAGGAUGUGCUGAGGAGCUUGGCGCUCGAGGUCUGUUCCAGGACGAAGGACCGGCUCCUUAGGCUGGUCCGGACAUGGGAUCCAGCACUGGACCUGAAUUGCCUUUGACCUCCCACUUCCCGGUUACUGCCUCUAUUAAUGUAGCCUCAGAAUGAAUGAGCUUGUCCUGAGCAACGCCCGCGAAUUUUGCUGAGGCACGUCCACCAACAGUGCCAUGCUCUUCCUUGAGCCUGGCGAUGGCUCAGCCGACACAGCAGACAGCCCAGGAGCUGAUCCAGGUCAGACUCCCCCAUUGUUACCUACACAUCCUCCUGACUCAGAGCUCUGGGGUGUUACAGAGUGGAGGAGGGGUCCUGGGCUCUGAAUUUAGGGUGACCUGGGUUUGAGUCCCAUGUCUGCAACUCAGCAUUGAUGUGACCCCAGGACAUCCCCUCACGUCUCAGUGCCUCAGUUUCCCUCUGUAUAAGAUGGAGACAAUAACACAUAGCUCAUGGAAUAUUUACUUGAGAAAAGUAAAUGUUCCUUGCAGACCAUAUUAAAUGGUAGGGAUUACUGCUCAGACAGGGGGAGCAGGGCGUGAAGGGACACUAACUACACUUCCACUCUCUGUUAGGCGCCAGACUAGGAGGACCACUUGGCCUCCUUUGAGCCUCACAUCGCCCCUGCGUGGGAGAUAGUCCAGACAAAACUCAACAGGCUGCAGUUGGGACCUGGACCCAUUUAAAGUCACAGCCCUCUCUGGACCCCGUGCUGUAGCCUCCAACAAGUAUGCUGAAGUUGUGGGUCCACCACCCUCCUCUUUCUCCCAGUGUUCCAACCAAGGGACACUGGCCUCUGGAGCCCUGGCACAGCCAUGGCUCCCAUUCUUGAGCCACGUUCCUGGGCUGGCUGAAAGCCCCCCAGCCUGGCUUUCUGAGUGCCAGUUAUUUACUGAGUAUGUCCUGAUGCCUGAGGCAGAUCCCUGACUCAAGGAGCUCACAUGUCUCUAUUGCUAUUUCUGUGGAGGGAAUAGGGACUCUAACCCUCACAGGUGUACAUCACUUUACAGGUUACAAAGCCCAUCACCUCAAUUAAUUCUCACAGCAACCCUGGGAGGUAGGUAUUAUUGUCCCCAUUAUAGGUAAGGAAACUGAGGCACAGAGAUGUUAUGUUCAUUGGCAAGUGGUAGAGCUGGAAAUGCCCAAGUCUGUGCUCCAGGCGGCAGGAAGCUCCCUAGACCGUCACAGCUUCUUUGUGCACCUGCUCUGUGGUGCUGGGCAGCUUCUUUCCUCGAUCAAUUCCUCAUUUCUAUGGCUUUAAAAUCAGGGUUUUAGUUUUGGACUAGCUGGUUUCUAAGGGGCCUCCAGCUCUGCCCUGAGCCCAUAACACAGACAAUCACCACCACUGUGGUCAGAGGGAGGAGAGAUGACUCCAAGAGGGGACCAGCCACAGAGGAAACGGGUUUCUGAACAGGGUCUUUAUGGAAGCCUAGAAUUUGGGUUGGCAGAAAGUCAUUCUAGGAGCGGGGACUGCAGGAGCAAAGGCAGGUUGGCGGUGGCCCAUCGUAAGUUAAACUGACAAAGAAUCUGAGGCCAGAGAGGUGAAGUGCCUUGUCCCAGGUCCCAUAGUCGGUUGUGGUGGAGUGAGCAUUCGGGCCCAAGUCAGGCUGUGGUUCCACCCUGUCUGCACACUAGAACCCAACCCUACCCAUGCUGGGUAGGAAUAGUGAUGCUCAGGACUCUUCUGCAGAGAUUCUGAUGUAAAUGAUGUGGAUCCGUCUGCGCAGGACUGGGUUUGGAGCCUGUAGCUCCUGGGCAUGGGUAUCCUCAGGGGCCACUCUGUGGGUGUGGCCACCUUCCUGAGCCAGCACCCUGUGCCUCAGACUUAAUGUCACCUGUGGCAAGCAGGUUGGUAUGUGCCCACCUGUGGCUGGGUUCACGUGAUGCUAGUGGGGUUACUUCUGCCCCAGCACUAAAUCCUGGCUACCUUAGGGAUCCCCACGCAGUUACCUCAACCCCUCUGAGUUUUGCAUCCCGUCCAUAAAUUUGAUUGUGUACAUUAAUCAGGUAUUUGGUGAUGUUAAGGCAUCAUCAUUACUUUUUGCUUGUGUUAAUGUAUUGGGAAUAUGUUUUCAAAGAGUUCUUAUCUUUUUUUUUGGGAAUUAAUUUUUAAGAAUUUUCUUGGAACCAUAA